GUCCAGACAGGCCAGGUUUCUAGCACGUCUAAUGAGUAGCGUUCAGAAUGAUGACAACAAAUUGGAUACCUUCCGGCGGAUCUGUGAUGAAAUUGCCGGCGAACCGAGUUACCUAAAAAAAGCCGAAAAGUUGCAGCGAUUUUUUGAACGAGGAGUCAGUGGCUCUGGAUUCCAGGGCGACACGCUGCUCUGGGUGCAGUUCCUUAUUCCGGCGGCCAACCAGCGUGUCUAUAAUCUUCAGAACAAGGCUCUGAUCAAGCUGUUCUCUAAGAUUUUCAAUGCCAGUCAGCAGAAAAUGCACCUUGAUCUGGAGCAGGAUGGCGAUGUGUCGGAAACGCUGCGCAAACACUUUGCCGCUUCCAGUAAACUUAAGCCGCAAGCACAGAGCCGGCUGUACUUGCAGGAGGUGGAAGAGUUGCUCCUAAAACUGGAGGAACGCACCAAGGAAGACGAACAAACGGAGUUGUUGCAGGAACUAUGCCGGAAGGCCACAGACUUGGAUUUGCGGACAUUUAUUCGACUAGUAAAACAGGAUUUGCGAAUAAACGCACGAGCUAGGCACAUCCUGGACGCUUUUGGUCCCGAGGCCUAUCCCGCAUAUCAAUCUUCGAGAGAUUUGUCGGCGAUAGUGAAGCAGUUUGCUAGUCAGGGUACGGGUAAAGGAACGAAAGUCCAAGCAGCCGCUAAAAAGCUUAAGAAAGGAAACGCCAGUGGAAUCCAGGUGAUGACUCCGAUUUCUCCAAUGCUGGCCAGUGCCUGCAAGUCCGUGGAGGAAGCGUUCAAGAAAAGUCCGGGCGGUCUGUACAGUGAAAUCAAAUACGAUGGCGAGCGUGUACAAAUUCACAAGCAGGGAAAGGACUUUAAAUUCUUUAGCCGAAACUUGAAGCCCGUUAUGGAUCACAAAAUCAGGGAUCUUAAGGAUUAUAUUCCGCAAGCUUUUCCCGGGGCAGAGGAAAUGAUUCUGGACUCUGAGAUAAUAUUAGUGGAUACAGAUACCGGAGCACUGCUGCCCUUCGGCUCGCUGGGAGCCCACAAGAAGCAAACAUUUGCGAAUGCUGCCGUGUGCCUUUUCGUCUUUGAUUGCAUUCUUUAUGAUGGCGAAGAUUUAACGCAGAUGUCUUUCCGCAAGCGUCGAGAGAUUCUCGAGCAAAACAUCAAACCCAUCAAGUCUCAUGUGCAGCUGUCGGAGUCGGAGUUUCUCAAAACCAAAAGCGAACUGGCUAUGAUGACUGCCAAGGUGUUGCAUGCGAACCUCGAAGGAGUGGUGCUCAAGAGCCCCUCUAGUACAUAUCAACCCGGCAAACGAAAUUGGUUAAAAGUCAAAAAGGACUAUCUGUUUGAUGGCAAAAUGGCCGACUCGGCGGACUUGGUAGUCCUGGGAGCUUGGUAUGGAUCGGGAAAAAAGGGUGGCAUACUCAGCAUAUUUCUCAUGGGGUGUUAUGACUCGAAGGAUCGGCUUUGGAAGACUGUCACCAAAGUACAUUCUGGUUUGGACGAUAUAACUAACGACGAGGUUCACAGUUCUCUCAUCAAACUCACGGAGCGUGCCGAUGCCAAUCAAACACCAAGUUGGCUUCUGUGCAAGAAAUCUCUGGUACCGGACGUGCUAGCUAAAGAUCCAAUGGAUAUGCCUGUCUGGGAAAUAACGGGAGCAGAAUUUACCAAGGCUGAGGCUCAUACGGCAUCGGGUAUAUCUAUAAGAUUUCCGCGGAUUACUCGCAGACGAAGUGACAAAACCGCCAAGGAGGCCAAUGACCUGGCUCAUUUGGAAGAGCUUUUUGAUGCCUCCAAAAAGAAUGUCAAUGUGGACCUACUCCUAGCAGGGUGUGGUCCCCAAAACCAGGAGUUGGGAUCUGAAAAAACACCCCAGAAAGGCUCAAAGCCCAGUAGUUCCCAAACCAGUAGCACGAAGAAACCGAAAAGAUCGAUACCCGAUUCAGAUGAUGAGGAAAAAUCUCCAAAACCACGAAAACGAAAAGUGGAUCGGAGUUUGUCGCCUUCACAAAAGGGUUUAAAGGACUUUUUCAAGCCAACCAAAGAAAAACUGGAGGUUAAAAAGGAGCCGGAAAGUCCUGCAAAGAAGCCUAGCAAAGAAAAACUAGAGGUUAAAAAGGAGCUCAAAAGUCAAUCAAAGGAGCCUAGAAUAGAAACAUUGGAGGUUAAAAAAGAGCCCAAAAGUCCAAAGAGCAAACUAUUUUCAGGGUUAGUGGCUCACUUUGCUAUGGAAAAAGAUAAAGAGAAAUUGGGGGACCUAUUCGAGAUGCAUGGAGGAUCCAUCACCAAUAAUACCCGAAAAGCGAAUUUAGUUUUUUAUAGCCUCCCCGAAAUAGCAGAUCUAAACAAACUGAGGCCCCUCUACCGCCGCAGUUGUCGUCAUUUGAAUGUCAGUUGGAUGCAAACAUCACUUGAAAAGCAAAGCCGACAGCCAUACCCAUUGUUUGCCGUAAUGUUGAAACGUUGAGUGCCGUGUUGAAAUUGUUUCUAAUCAUAAAUACAUGCUUGAUUAAACAGAA